AUGUCUUUCUCUAGAGCCGACUAUAGCAAAUCCACCAAUGCUGACGAUGUCGCCCAGUUCCUCCACGAUGAAAUUGUAGGAAAGACGGUCGUAAUCACUGGGGUGUCGCCAUCGAACCUUGGGUCGGAAUUUGCAUACGCAAUCAGUACACAUUCGCCCAAGUUAAUCGUUAUUGCAGGUCGUAACGUUGAGAAACUUGAGGAGGUUGUCAAAACCAUCAACUCGAAAGCCCCAGACGUUCCCGUCCGAUAUGUUCAACUUGACCUUUCGUCCCUAGAGGCUGCAAAGAAGGCGGGCCAAGAGGUUGCAGGGUGGGAAGAUGUAGAAAUCAUUGACACACUUGUCAACAAUGCCGGCAUCAUGGCCACACCGUACAAAAAGACUGUCGAUGGCUUCGAGUCUCAAUUCGCUGUCAACCACUUAGCUCAUUACGUCUGGACCGCCCAAGUUUUCCCUAAGAUUCUCGCAUCGGCAGCACAAGGGCGUUCCCCGCGCAUUGUGAAUGUCUCUUCGAACGGCCACAAAGUCCACGAUAUCAACUGGGAAUCCCUCGACUUCAACGAUGGCAAGAACUAUGACAUGUGGGAUGCCUACGGACAGAGUAAAACUGCAAAUGUUUUAUUCAGUGUAGGGCUUGCUGAGAAGUUCGGAAGUAAGGGAAUAUACAGUUACUCUUUGCACCCGGGAAUGUGCGGAGAGACGCACUUGGGUCUUCAUAUUCCCAUGGAUGAUAUUUAUGAAUUCUUGGCUUCUGGGAAGGCCCCCGAGCCAGGAAUCGAUGUUUCCAUGAAGACUUUGCAACAAUGUUCCUCUACUCACGUAGUCGCUGCUUUCGAUCCAGAACUUAAGCCCCAUAAUGGAUUGUAUCUAGCUGAUUGUCAGAUUGGGGACGUGACUCGCAGGAAGGACUAUGCUGUGAAUAAGGAUAGCGCCAAAAAACUCUGGGAGAUUACGGAGCAAUUGACUGGUGUUCAGUUCCAGGAGUAA